CCUGGGCCCUGGAAUGAUCUAGAUGGAGGUGCUGGAAGAGACUUCAGAAACCCUGUGAAGAUGGAACAGCUAAAGGAAGGGGCUGGGCCCGACGGGAACGACCUGUCCCUGCCAUCACCUGGGACUGAAUCGUUGCCCCCUGCGCCCAUCCCAGUCCUGCCACCCUCGCUCCUGGGCACCCCAGAUCCAGCCCACCUGGGGCUCCCUGAGAGCCUGGCCUCUGUUACCGUCCCCAUUCGUCUGGAUGCCCUCUCCUACCUCCUGCAUAGUGCCUUUCUGGGGGUGUAUAACUUCCAACAGUCCUUGCCCUCCUGUCCCUGCUUCCUCCAGGCAUGCCACGUCCAGCCGACCAUAGCCAAGAGGCCUCCCCGGGGACGCGGGGGAUGGGAAGCCCGGCGCAGGCCAGGCAGGGGCCAGGGCCGGCAGUGCUGGCGACCUGGGAGAGUUGAGCAGUCACAGAAGGAGUGGGUGGAGGGCCCUGGGGCUGGCCCCAAGACCCCGCUGAUGACACCACCAUCACCACCACCACCACCACCUGCCCAGAGUAUGAAGAAGGAAGCCCAGGGUCUGAAGCCACCCCUAGACACACCACCUGCUACUGAGGACUGGGAGACAGAGUAUUAGGACCCUGGAAGGUCCAGCACAAGACACUCCAGUCACCCAGGGGGUGUUUCCUGGAGCCCAGAGUGACUUUAGCCCUGUCAGAGAUACCCCAAGAAACAUCCUCUUCCCGUCGUCCUCCAUCCCCCAAACCACUGCCUCAGGAGUGGAUCCUAGGAGUCACCUGGUGAGGCCUGGUCCCAACUUAGGAUCCAGUCCAGAACAGCCCUGAACUUCAUACCCCUGCUCAAAC